ACCACGAUUAGCGUCGCUGCAUCCAUUGGCGAAGGUUGAAAACAUCCCAAGCACACCCUCGACCCACAGCUAUAUAAAACGUAAACUUCUUCGUCGCAUUCUAAACCCAGACGUGACGGGGCGACAACCCUCGCUCAACGCAACCCACCGUAACUAUUUUCCUGCAAUUGCACAGAAACACAUCGCCCAGUAAAGGCACCAGGACAUGAUGCCUCUCCCUCGCCUCCUCUGGACGGGGCUAGCCUUGGCCACGCUCAGCACCUCAGCCACAGGGAGAGACCUUCACCACGGGACGAAGCUUCAUCCCUUCCUCCUGCAGAAUCCCGAAGGUGUGAGGACGCUGCCAGCUGUUCUCAGGACGCCCCACGAAGACACGAGGGGUAACGAGACAUCCUGCAGCCUCUGUCCUGCGGCGCUGAGCUUGAGUCCUUGUAAAUGUACGUGCAAGGACAACGGCAAGGCAGAAUUGGUAUGCGGGGCGGAGCUCUCCUCAUGCUCACAGCUCACGGAAAUACUGAACAAGCAGGUCUUUCCUACCUCACACUACUAUAAGCUGACUGUCGAUGGAACGCAACUUGACUGCCUUAUCGAAAGAGACCUGUGGGGACCGUUGGACUUUGAGAAAAUCGUCUUCGCCAAGAACCAGUUCACGACCGUCGACAACCACGCCUUCCUCCCAUUCCAGGAAACGCUGAAGACUUUGAAUCUCGAGAAUAACAAGAUAUCGAAUUUCUUCUUUCCUGCAAUCAACGAGUUAGCCAAUUUAAGAGAAUUUGUGAUAAGAGGAAACGAAAUCAACUUUAUUCCUGGAUACGCAUACAUCAACAGCAGUUCUAUAAGGGUGUUUAAGGCAUCGCGUAAUCAGCUGGUUCUCACAUCCGACACAUUCGCAGGACUCCCCCUGCUCGAAAUAUUAGACCUAUCAUACAACAAGAUAACGAAGCUCUCGAGCCACGUCCUUAGGAUCCCGAACCACAAGGCAGACAAGCUCGAGAUCGACCUCUCCUACAACGAAAUUCAAGAAAUCGAGCCUAACGCAUUCUCGGGGCUCAGAGGUUGCACGAUCAAUCUGCGCAACAAUAAGCUGAUCACACUGCCUGAGACGACCUUCCGACCCGUCAUCGACUUCACGGACACGAGGGUCGCCUUCUUGGUAACAGGUAGGUCGUCCUCUUCUCUCGGAGUCGAUGAGGCCGGAACUUUAUCGUUGGCCGGUAUUUCACCCAUUUUGGAAACUGUUAGAUCACCCAUUUUCUGCUCCAUAAAUACAGUUACAAAUGGAUUCUAA